AUGUCCAAGUCGGAGCUCAAGGACGAGAAGAAGAAGCGCAAGAGACAGGAAGAGGAGGCUACCGACGUGCCCAAGAAGUCCAAGAAGUCGAAAUCAUCUAACGAUGCGGAGGUAGACAACGCGCCGGUCGCAGACCAGAAAAACGCGAAGAAGAAUAAAAAGACGAAGAAAUCGAAGAAGGGUGAAGCGAGCGACGAUGCGACUCCCGCUGCGACGGUCAAUGCCGCCGAGAAAGAUUUUAUAGCCUUCGACGAUGCGCCCAUGCCCGAUACGUUCACAGGAGCAAUGAACGGGACAAUCUCAGGAGAGGAACGCAAGAAAGAGAAAAGAAAGGACGAAAAGGAGAAGAAGUCAAAGAAGUCAAAGGACGUCGUGGCGGAUGAGACAUCAGCGCAGGCGGAGGUUGCAGCGAGCGCAGAGGCACCGGCUGAGAAGAGCAAGUCCAAGAAGGAUAAGAAGUCCAAGGAUAGGAAUAUAGAGACUGACCUUGUCGGGAGCGCUGUGGAUGGUGAUCUUACACCAGCAAAAAAGGACAAGAAGUCGAAGAAGGAAAAGAAAGAGAAGAAGUCGAAAAAGAGCAAGGACAAUGACGAGGCCGCUGAGCCCAUGGAUGUAGAUGGCGCGGACGAAGAGUCAGCUGCAGUAACUGUUACAGAGCAGCUUUCCGACAAGAAAUCUAAGAGGGACAAGAAGUCAAAGAAAGAGAAGAAAAAGAAGAAGGACUCCGCCGACGAACCCUCUGGCGCGGUAGAGUCAACGCCAACUGCCAACGGUACCGAAGACCAAGACGAGCAGGCAGAGGGUGAAGGGGAUGACGCAGUGGACGCCGAACAGGAGGAAGCUGGUCCGCAGGGCCGCUUCAUUGUUUUCAUUGGCAACCUCCCCUUUAGCACCACAAAGGAGCAGAUCGAGGAACACUUCGCCAAGCUCAAACCCUUCGAAGUCCGUCUCCGCACAUACAAGGACUCCGGCAAGUCUAUGGGUUGUGGCUUCAUCGAGUUCGAGCGCUUCGACCAUAUGCAGACCGCGCUGAUGAAGUACCACCACUCCGUCGUUCCUGACCCGAAGAAGAAGGAGGGGCGUAAGAUCAACGUCGAGCUUAGUGCUGGCGGAGGCGGCAACACAGAAGCCCGCGUGCAGAAGAUUCACGCCAAGAAUGAGAAGCUGGCCAACGAGCGCCAGCGCAACCACGACAAGCGCGCUGAGAUCGAGGGCAAGCAAAAGGAUCGUAAGGACAAGAAGGAAGCAGCAGCUAAGGGCAAAGAAGGCGAGGCUGAAGGUGAACCUGCGGUUGACGAGCCGGACAAUGGUGGCAUCCACCCUGCACGACUGGCCAUGAUGAGCCAGCCGGAGAGGCCGCAGAAGCAGUACAAGCCGAACCUAGGGAAUGUACCGAAGUGGAAAGGUGGCCCGCCGCCGAGGCCCAAGAGGUAUUAA